UUUCUAUCUCGACCUAAAAAUCGCUGUCUAUCAGUAGUCUCUCUGCACCCAUCAGCCCCAUCCUCUCUAUCUAUCCAUCUAUCUAUCUAUCUAUCCCUCUUUACUCUCUUUUCUCCUUUUCUCUUUCUGAAAAACCUGUCACCAUGAGAGCAUGAGAGUGAGAGCCCUGCAGAUAGAUACCUUAUAAUUAAUCAUCCAUAGCCAAUUUACCCAUUACCCAAUACCCAUAUCAUAUCAUAUAUCAAUCCGCCUAGCCUACCUAGCUACCCUUCUCUCUCUUCAUUUUUAUUUUACUUUUAUAUAUAUUUGCAGCUACCCACUUUACUCAGUCCCUUUUGUUGCAUUUGAGAGACAUGGCUUUCCAACCUCACAGUUUCAUGUUCCAAGCUCAUGAAGAUCAUCAAGACCUCCAUCUCUCUUCCUCUGCCUCUCUCAACACCCUUCAUUUCCAUGCUGGGGGUGGUCAUGGUGCGAUGCCGUUUAUGAUGAAGAGGUCGUUAUCGUUUUCGGGAGUUCAUAAUCACCAUGAGAAUAUUGAGCAAUGCGAAGAGGUGCAUGGUGGUGGAGAUGAUGAUCUGUCAGACGAUGGAUCGCAGAUUGGAGAGAAGAAGAAGAGGCUGAAUCUUGAACAGGUUAAGACGCUGGAGAAGAGCUUUGAGAUGGGGAAUAAGCUCGAGCCUGAGAGGAAGAUGCAACUGGCUAAGGCUCUGGGUCUGCAGCCAAGACAGAUUGCCAUUUGGUUUCAGAAUAGAAGAGCUAGAUGGAAGACUAAGCAACUUGAAAAAGAUUAUGAAGUGUUGAAGAAACAAUUUGAUGCUCUUAGGUCUGAUAAUGAUGCUCUUCUUGCUCAGAAUAAGAAACUUCAUGCUGAGUUAUCAACUCUAAAAGGUAGAGAUUCAAACGAAGCUGGGCUUAGCAAUCUGAAGAAAGAAAAUGAGGGUUCUUGGAGCAAUGGAAGUGAGAAUAGUUCUGAUAUAAACUUGGAGAUAUCGAGGACACCGGUAAUAAACAGUCCAGCUUCUUCUCAAAUAAACGGUAAGAAUUUCUUCCCAUCAACCCUCAGGCCUUCAAGCAUAACUCAGUUCCUUCAAGGUACAUCAAGGUCAGACAUCCAGGGUCUGAAAGUUGAUCAGCACCAUCAUCAUCAAAUGGUUCAAGAAGAAAGCUUCUGCAACAUGUUCAAUGGCAUUGAAGACCAGCAAGGGUUUUGGCCAUGGCCUGAGCAGCAUCAAUUUCAUUGAAAUGCAUUUAAUUAAAACCAAUGCCUAAAAUUCUCUCAAAAAGAAAGUAGCAAAAAAGCACCCAUUGGCCAAUCCACUCAAGGAGAUCAUUAAUUAACAGAAACUUAUAAUUAAUUAUCAAUUUUCUAUCAAUUUUAAAUCAAGUUUUUUCUUUUUAUUUUAUUUUUAUGUAGAUUGAUGUAUAGAAUUUCAACAUAUUUGCUUCAAUUUUCAGUUGUGCUGAAAUGUUAUGGUAAUUUGAUUGGCUCUGAAAUAAUAAUACAUAUAUAAUUUUCUAAA